CUUUCGCCAAAAAUAAUCGCAUCCAUUUUUAAUGAAGGGAUGACAUACGCAGAGACUGUCCGUCGAUUUGGCUUUCCGUACACUUCAGUAAGAAGUAUCGCACAGACGUUUGAAGAGGAGGGAAGAAUGGAACAAAAAGAAAGAGGCGGUAAUCACCAUUCAACCCUUCAAGACAAGCAUAUUGCAUGGUUAAAAGGUCGGCUUGAUGAAAACCCUGACCCAACUGUCAUCAGUCUUCAAGUCCCCUCAAUGAGGCUUUUCGCUUCGAUCCGUCUAUGUCCUUAACUGCCGUCAACAGAGCGGUUAGUAAACAAGCAGGCUACACGGUCAAAUUAUUGCGCUAUGAACCUGAGGAUUAUAAUAGCCCAAAGAGGAUUACUGAUCGUGUCCUAUGGAGUUGUCGCCUCAGAAGUACGCUUGGAUGCCUUCAAUACUCAGACUUUCCAAGCCUUCCCGACCUCAAGAGUCAUCAUCAUGGAUAAUGCGACUUUCCAAACAUCACAGGAUGUACAAGAUGACAUCAAAUAAACACACUGACCUGCGGCUGCCUCCCUACACCCUUCAGCUAAAUGCAGCCGAAUGGGUCUUUGGAAAGAUCAAGACGCAUGUACGACCCCAAGAUCUUCAUGACUGGGAAACAUUAACAGAUCACAUCAAUAACAGCAUUCUAAGUAUUACAUCCGGAAUGUGUUGGUGGAUCCGUGAG